AUAUUUUUAUGAUCUUUUUCAGACUAAUGGAAAAGUUCUGUGAUUCGAGAAAAAUAACUCUGGUCUCUGGAGCAGGCAAUAUGUGGGGGUUGUAGAGCCGUGGGACAUCGUUAGGGAAGAAAAGCUACAAAUAGUGAAGGCAUCAGUUGCAUACCUCCCAAAACAACAGAACUGUGCAAACUGUCCUAGUCUUCUUCAUGGCAGGUGAAAUUACUAGCGAGGUAGCAGUAGCUUCUUCUUCCCUUCCACUUAAUGGUCGGGUAGCCAUAGUAACCGGAGGUUCGCGUGGAAUUGGCCGUGCCAUUUCCGCUCAUCUUCAUUCCCUUGGUGCAAGAGUUGCUCUCAAUUAUGCUUCAAAUUCCACCCAAGCUGAUAUCCUUGCAUCUGAGCUCAAUGCAUCAGCUGCAUCUUCUACUCAUCCCCAAGCAGUUGCUAUCAAAGCUGAUGUUUCAGAUCCAGAUCAAGUCAAUCAACUCUUUGAGAGGGCCGAACAGGAAUUCGGCUCAAAAGUCCAUAUCCUUGUAAACUGUGCUGGAGUUAUGGAUCCCAAGUACCCAACUUUGGCCAAUACCACAGUGGAGGACUGGGAUAUGAUUUUCAAUGUCAACACAAAGGGAUCAUUCUUGUGCUGCCGUGAGGCAGCUAAUAGGUUGGCUCGGGAAGGUGGUGGAAGAAUCAUCACAAUAUCAACAUCUGUCGUUGGAGCAAAUUUUCCAGGAUAUGCAGCUUAUGCUGCCUCCAAGGCAGCAGUGGAGACAAUGACAAAGAUACUAGCCAAGGAGCUGAAGGGUACAGGAAUAACAGCUAAUAGUGUGGCUCCAGGACCUGUGGCUACGGAGCUGUUCUUUUCAGGUAAAACUGAGGAAACAGUGAAGAGAAUAGCUGAUGCUUGCCCUUUAGGCCGACUUGGUGAGCCAAAGGAUAUAAGUGAAGUUGUGGGAUUCUUGGCUAGUGAUGCAGGGGAGUGGAUCAAUGGCCAAGUCAUUAGAGUUAAUGGUGGAUUUGUUAUUUAAAUGACACGUGUCUGUGUUGAUCUGAGGGUUUGAAUUUCUUUUCACAAAUGUUAUGGGUGUAAGACUUGUCUUCAACUGCUCUUCCAACAGGGACUAGGCUGAUGUUGUAGCCGAAGAGAUCAGUUCUGUUCUUCAGAAUGAUUCGUUGGACUUGUAUCAUCCAAUGGCUGAUUUAGUCUUUAUUUAUUUAUUAAUCAUUUUAGA